GGUUUACCUACGUUUUUUGGAACAGCGUAUAGGAAAACAUUCAUAAAUUGAUUCCUCCAGGAUGCGAUUUCUUCUCAUUACCUUCUUCCUUUCACUCUAUAUAGCAAUCACAUCAGCACAAUGGGGAUGGAUACCCCCACCUCCUCCACGUCCCUUCUUUCCAGUACCAUUCUUGGCUAGACCUGGUUUUGGACCCUUAGGACCAGGUUUCCUUGGUCCCCCAAUAGGAAGAGGAGGAGGCGGUCGAGGUGGCGGUGGCGGAAGAGGAGGAGGAGGU